AUGGCUACCUUAUUCCCUGCUGCCACAUCCUGUAAUGUCUCUAUUGUUAUCGUGCCUUUGCAGGAAACACUGCCGCUGGAUGAGCUAAAACUGCAGAAAGAUACUCUUGAAGGCCCAUCUACAAAACAGGAGGAAAGAAAAAGCGUCUACCCAGAGAUAACGUCAGACGGCCAGCGUCAGGAGUACAAGAGGGAGUUUGAUGCCGACCUGAGGGAGUACAAACAUCUGUGUGCUGAGAUGGAUGACAUCAGUGACCAGAUGAACAAACUCAGCAGGCAGCUGGACACACUGGACGAGACCUCCGCCCAGUACCAGGUUGUGGCAGAGGAAUAUAAUCGACUGAAAGACCUUAAGCGGACACCAGACUACCAGGCUAAGAAGCUGGAGUGUCGCAAGUUGAGACACAAACUGUUCCAUAUCAAACGUGUGGUCAAGGCCUACGACAAGAGCCUUUCUUAAAGCCAAGCUCUCCCUCCAACCCUAUCCACCCCCUCUGUCAUCAUGACAACACCACACUCCUGGACUAAGAAUAUGCAGAACACUAAGAAUAUGCAGAACACUAAGAAUAUGCAAAGCACUAAGAUUAUGUAGAAUGUUGAAAACCAAAGCUCCCUUCUUGGCAUUUACACACACACACACACACACACACACACACACACACACACACACACACACACACACACACACACACACACACACACACACACACAUUAAUGACAUGGUUAUGUGAUUCCUUCUGCCUCAGUUAAUUUCAGACCAGUUCUCCUCUCUAUGUGGAUUGCUUCACAGACACUAUCGUACACUGUGGGGUUGAAAGACUAUAUGCACAAUACUUCACACGUAACUCACAGCCCGCUAGCACUGCCAUAUUCCUCACUGUGCCUAGUAAGUAACAUUGUUGUACAUGCUUGCCUUGAAACACGGCCGUCUAUCUGACUGAAUGGGUGUGGUUAUAAAAGGUUACUUCAA